AUGACUAGCGCUGAAGAGAAGAUUACUGUUGACCACCACGAAGAGGAAGGUGUUGACCUCAAGGCUCAACACGAGUCCGUCUAUGACAUUCUCCCCGACUGGGGCCGUCCUUGGUACAAGACCCCCCAUUUGUUGCAUCUCAAUUUAAUUUUGUUUUUCACAUUCUUGUCUGGUAUUUACAACGGUUAUGAUAACUCUCUUUUGAACGGUCUUCAAUCCAUGCCUGAGUGGGAAACCUACUUUGGCAGUCCUGCUGGUGCCAAGUUGGGUGCUACCUCCAACGGUAUGCUUUACGGUAAUUUGCUUGCUCUUCCUUUCACUUCUUUCUUCUGUGACAGAUUGGGCAGAGUUAGAACCUUGCUUAUUGGUGCUUCUGUUGUCAUCAUUGGUGUCAUCAUUCAAACUGCUUCUCAAAACUUUGCCAUGUACACUGUGGGUAGAUUCAUUCUCGGAUUCGGUGUGUUGCUUUCCACCACUGCUUCUCCUUUGUUGAUUGCUGAGGUCACUUAUCCUACUCACCGUCCCUACGUUACUGCUUGUUCUCAAGCUCUUUACGGUCUUGGUGGUAUCAUUGCCUCUUGGACUACUUACGGUACCUCUAACUGGAGUAACGGAUCCAGUUGGAUGUGGAGAACUCCUUUGAUCAUUCAAAUGUUGUUCCCUCUUCUUCAACUUUCUGCUCUUUACUGGAUCCCCGAGUCUCCCAGAUGGCACGUUUCUCGUGGUAACAUUGCCAAGGCUCGUGAGUUCCUUCUUAAGUACCACGCUGGUGGUGAUGAGGCCAAGGGUGGUCAACUUGUAGAGUACGAGCUUGCUGAAAUCACCUAUGCCAUUGAGAUGGAUAAGCAAAGAGAGGGCAUUCAAUGGUUUGAUUUCUUCCGGACCAAGGCCAAUCUCCACAGAUUGUUCAUUAUUGUGUACUUGCCAGUUCUUACCCAACUUUCUGGUAACGCCGUUCUUUCAUACUUCUUGCACAUUGUCUUGGACAACGCCGGAAUCACUUCUUCUCACCAACAACUUAUUUUCAACGGAUGUUUGUCUGUCUUUAACUUCGUCAUCGGUCUUGUUUCUCUUACCACUAUUGAGAAGGUGGGCAGAAGACGUAUGUUCUUGAUCGGAUCUUUCUUCAACAUGAUCAACUACACCAUCUUCACCAUUCUGUCUGCCCGUAACGCUCAAGAGGACUUCAAGAACCAGAGUCUUUCCAAGGGUGUCAUUGCCAUGAUUUUCAUCUUCUACCUCUUCUUCGUCAUGGCAUACUUGGCCAUCCCCACCACCUACAUGACCGAAGUCGUUCCCUUCCACUUGCGUGCUAAGGGUUACGUAAUCCACACCUUUUUCUUGACCGGAGUCCUUCUCUUCAACGGAUUCGUGUCCCCCAUUGCCAUGGGAGCCAUUUCCUGGAAGUACUACAUCUUGUACUGUUGUUUGAACCUGGUCAACUUCAUUGUCAUCUACUUGUUCUUCCCCGAGACCAAGAGACUGUCCUUGGAGGAGGUCAACCGUGUCUUCGGCGAAGACGUCCUCACUGACGCCCACAUCAUCGAGGAGGUCGAGCAAGCCCACAACGGACGCGCUUAG